ACUUAAUACUUAUUAUCGAAGAAGUAUAAUUCAAAUGAACCGCUCAAUUCCAUAUAAUCGGCAAAAGGAAAAAUUCAGAUCGAAAACGGCAACAGCGCGCAUCAUCAGGAUUCGCGCGAUCGCUCAAUAAGCACGUGCGCGUACGACACCGGCGGACUAUGGGUUCGCCGAAGUCACUCGCCGGUCGAAACCCAAACAAUAACAAACCGACGAGCCGCACAGCAGGCUGUCGGCGAGUCAUCGCUUACGGACUACAAUUCCGAGGAGUUGGUCCGUCCAUCAGGCUUGUCGUAGUUUCUCCGGAAAUAAAUCGAGUCCACCGAUGGAUUACUCCAAGGAGUUCAACUGCACCCGUGGCCUCAGGAAGUUCAUCGCCAAGAAAAUGCUGAGCGUCGUCAGCUGCAAGGAGUCGCCUCAGAAAAAGAGGAGCAAAGUCCAGGCCCAGGUGGUGCAGGUCCUGGAGAAAACGAAUUACUCGUUAAACGUCGUCAAUAGAUACAAGGAGAACAUCCUGCACGUGAGUGCAGCUAACAACUGCGUCGACGUGAUCAAGUGCAUCUUGCAGAAACACGGCAAACACUGUUUGGAGCGGAAAAAUUCAUUUGGCUGGACGCCGCUUAUGCAAGCCGUUAGAAACGAGAACGUGGAGAUGGUCAAGUUCUUGCUGGAUUCUGGUGCCAUUGUCAAUGACUUUUCCUUUUUGGGACUGUCUGUCAUAAGCCUUGCAUGCGCCAUUAGUAAGGAGAUGUUUGAUCUGCUGUACAACAGCUGUCCUGAAGCUUUGGAAUAUGCGGCUCACGAUGACAUCAAUCCUUUGUGCGUGGCUGCUUUGAAGAAUGACAAAGAGCUGUUUUUUCACCUCGUAGCUCUUGGUUUGGAUGUGCGCAAAGCAAAUGCUUUCACACAUACUAUUAUGAAGCAGUCCACAGACCCACAAAUUGCUGCUCUUGCUAAGAACCAUUUGAGUUCGGAAGACUACUGGAAUGACAUUUCUCAAAUUGAAGAUUAUCUGAAUGUUGAGAGUGACAAUAAUAGCAACAAUACACCUAGUCCAAAUGCUAAAAAUGUACAAAAUACUGAGCAGACUUGCAAUGCAAAUAACUGCAUCCCAAAGAUUUGUGUGGAGAUGAGUAAACCAGCAAUUAUUAAAGAAGUGAACAAUAACAAAAAUAAUAUAAAUUUAUAUUUGGACUUGAAACCAGUGGAAACAAAUUGCAAUUCAAAGAGUCUCAUCUCGCCGACUUUGUCAUAUGUGAAUAAAGAUGUCUUACCUACAACUCCAAACACUUUUAUCACAGAAGAUAAUCCAGUCCAUGCAUUCUCAAAGCUCACAUUAAAUGUUGAAGAGAAGAGUAUCAAGGCAAAAAAUAAUAAUAUCCAUACAUAUAUGGACAAAACUGAAGAUGCAAUGACUUCCCCUUUGGUUUUGAGAAGGUGUCAAAAUAAACGGCCGCCAAACCUGAAGCUCAGGCAUUCCAGCAAUGACUCAAACGCUACUUUAAGCUUUACACCGCAAUUCACUCCAACGAAAUCGCCGAAUUUACCAAAGGACAUAAAUGAAGACAAUGUUUUUGAUGAAUCGACUCCAACACCACCAAAGUACAAAACACCUCCAAGAGGAAUAAUCUUAGAUCCAAGCACUGCGAGACUAAUGUUUAUACUACAACGAUUUGGACUGAAAAGACACAUUCCUACAUUCUUAGAACAAGAAGUGGAUUUAGAUUUGUUUUUUACUCUUACUGAUCAAGAUCUUCUUGAAAUCGGGAUAGAGAGUAAAUCUGAACGUUUAAUUUUAUUGUCUGUUAUUAACGAAUGCAAAGGGAAGAGAAACAUAACUUGAACAUUGCUAAUACUGUGAUCAUAAAGUUAUAUAAAAUAUAACCAAGAUAAUUUAUUCUAUUAUAUAAUGAUUUACAAUGUAUUUAUAACUGUGUUUGUUUAUAAUUAUUUUUACAUCUUUAAUUGUUAAUAAAUUUUAUAAAAUUGAUUGCAAUCCUUUGCUUAUAAAACGGAAA